GUGGGGGGGGGAUAAAAAAGGGAGCUGGAGCGGUUGGUGUUGGUGGUGGGGGGGAGGACGAGGAAUGAGAGAGAUGGCGAUCUUGUAAGAUCCCUGCAGACAAACCCAUGAAGGAGGAACUUUCAACACAAGAGCAGAGAGCGAGAAAAGAGAAAGAGACGAGGAGCUUUGGGCUCGCAACCGGAGAAGGACAUCUUGCUCCUUGUUUUGGUGGGGGUGGCUAGUGCUUGCGAGGGAAGGCAGCUCUGGAGGACUAGGAGCGCAGCCAGAGCCACAUCUUUUCAACAUUUCUCAACAUUCCCUCUUCCCCUUGCAUGGAUCUUGUGCUUUCCUGGAAGAAGGAGGGUCCCUCAAGACAUUGUGGCCGUGCAAGAGAUCCCUUUAAUUGAAAGGUUUUGAAAGUAAUGGAGGCACUGCAGUGCGAUGGAUGUGAUUACCGAGCAGAAACGUAUGAUGAUCUUAAAGCUCACAUCCAGGAUGUUCACACUGUGUUUUUGCCCCAUGUGGAAGCUACUGAGGAAGAUGAUAAUCAACCUCGAUCUGUUACACCAUCCCAAGAUUCUGAAGCUGAUGUGAGCCUUUCUGCUGUGAAGACUGAACUUGGUUCCCCAGUGGAAGCAUCGACCCAAAAUUCCUUUCAUCCUGGCUCUUCCAAUUUCGUCAGUAACAGCCCAUCAGUUCUAUUCAGUCAUCAUGUUGACCAACAGUCGAGACCUGCCAACAAGUUUUUCCAGUGCAAGUACUGUGUCCGCUACUUUCGGUCCAGGAAUCUUCUCAGUGAACAUACAAGGAAGAUCCAUGGUCAGGUUGAAGGGUCGUCGUUUGGUGGAGAGACAUCAGACAUGGCCCCACCUCCUCCUCCUUCCAGUUACCAUGUGCUCUUGCACGAAGGUUUCGGCAAAGUCUUUGCCUGCAGGUAUUGCACCUACAAGAGUCCCCGACGGGCACGGAUUAUCAAGCACCAGAAGCUGUGCCACAGGUCUGCCACUAAGGUGCAGGAGACAGUGGGCGAUGUGCCAAUGGAUGCGGUGGAGCGCAGCAUCCUAGAAGCACAGGUGAAGCCCUUAACCAAAUCGAGAGGCAGCUUUUGUUGUGAAUGGUGUGGCUACCACACCUCCCGGAGAGAACGUUGGUGUGACCAUUUGAUGAAGAAACAUCGAAACCUUUUGGCCCAGGGUUUGGUAAAGAUAAUUUCGUCCCUGAGGCAGCAGCAGUCUGGUUCCAGUGGAAGUCCCACGAAACCCCAACAAAAGGAUGUUCAGCAGGCGUCUCCUAAUUCUAAUUAUCUGUCGAUGAAGAUGCCAGAGAGGGAAAUGCAGCUUUCUCAGUACCCUGCUCUGGAAGCCUCUGUGGGAGGUUCUGCUUUGAAGCCAGCUUCUGCUGCCGUACCUAGGUUUGCUCCCAUAAAAAUAAAGUUUCCCUUUCCUAAAAUGAAGCCCAAAGCUAGUCCUGAUCCUGGUGAAGCUGGAUUAACUGGGAGAUCCUCCUUCGGAAUGGGAGACCUGAAUGUGGUUAAUUCUGGUUUGGACUCCAGUUUGCUAAGUGACGACCGGAGCAGUUCUGAAGAGGAUGAGCAACAGGACAUCGAUGAGAUGGACUCUCUGGCGUCCCAGAGCUCCGAAGGCUCUGGGAAGAAGCUGUUGACCAUUGGCAACACAAAGCUACUGGAAACCAAGGGAAUUCCCUUCCGGAAGUAUAUGAACAGGUUCCAGUGUCCCUUCUGCUCGUUCCUUACAAUGCACCGUCGCAGUAUCUCACGUCAUAUCGAGAACAUUCAUUUAUCAGGCCGGACCAUCGUCCAUAAGUGUAACCUUUGUCCUUUCACUUGCACCACUGCCCAGAAAUUGGUGACCCAUAAGCAAUCCCAUUCCUCUGAGUGGGACACAGUGAGCUUGCAGAAUAGUACCGCAGCUCCAUUGAAUGACAGCUUAGUCACUGUGGAUGCGAAUCAGAGCCAAGUGGUCAACGGAGAAAAACCAGCCCUGAUAGGGGAUUCAAAACAGCAAUAUCCUUACAAAUGUACCAUGUGUAACUAUUCUACAGUCACCCUGAAGGGGCUGCGAGUACACCAGCAGCAUAAGCACUCAUUCUGUGACAAUGCCUUGCUGUCAGCUAAUGAGGAGGCAACUGAUACAUUACAGGAUUCAGAAACAUCACAAUUUGAAGCUCUUCCAUCGCCAGGUAUUGUGAAAACUCAGACCUCAAUCCUCGGAUCAACAUCCAAAAAUUCUUUUCUGUUUAAGAAAGGCAAGAGGUUGGUGACAGACAGUCCACUGGACCUGUCUCCGGCAAAGAAGCGCACACGGAUCGAUGAGAUAGCAAACAAUUUACAGAGUAAAAUCAGCCAGGCCAACCAGCAAGCUAGUGAGGUGGAAUCAGUGAUUGGAGUUGAGGAGGAGGAUGAAGAGGGAGAAGAGGAGGAGGAAGAGGAGGAGGAAGAGGAGGAGGAAGAAGAUGUGGAAGUGGAAUUGGAUGUAGAUGGCGAUCUGGAUGAGGAGCAAGGGAAGGCUGAUCAUUUGAUGGAGAUGCAGAAUUACCCUUACAGUGGCCACCAGAUGUGGGUUGAAGGAAAUGAUGGAAUACGUGAAGAGGUUUCUUAUGGGACUUUGGAGCAGGAUUAUUCUGUCAGCAAUAGUGCCGAGAUUGAAUUGACUCUCUCUGAUGAUGAAGAUUUUUAUGGCAGUUCCAAUUCAACAGGAAAGGGCGAUGGAGUGUCACGCAAGCAUGUUGGGAAUGCAGCUUACAAAAAAGCGAACUCGGAAAAUAGAGAUACUGUUCAGGAAAAUUCAGAGGCAGCUGAAGACUCUGGUAAGAUUUACUAUUGCAAGCAUUGCAACUUCAGUAACAAAGUGGCACGCAGUGUGAGCACUCAUUAUCAGCGCAUGCAUCCUUACAUUAAAUAUAGCUUCAGGUACAUUGAAGAUCCAACAGAUCACAGUGCAGUCUACCGUUGCCUUGAAUGUUUUGUAGAGUAUGCGGAAUUUGAAGAUUUGCGGCAGCAUUACGCUCAGUUCCACCCCGAAGCUCAGAAUAUCCUAAACUUUCAUCAAGCCAAUUUGACCUACAGGUGUCGCUUCUGUUCUUAUACCAGCCCAAACGUCCGCAGUCUCAUGCCUCACUACCAAAGAAUGCAUCCAACCGUGAAGAUUAACAACUCCAUGAUAUUCUCCAGUUACGUGGUCCAGCAAACCAAUGAGAUUAGUGCAGAGUCUCAGACCCUGAGAGAAAUCCUCAACUCUGGUGUGAAGAAUAUCGGGACGUCCACUCCGCUAUCUCAGCGUGCUGCUCCCUCCAGCCCUUCGAACAUGAACUCCCCCAAGAGUGUGAGCCCAAAGCAGGGUGAAGCAUCCAUGAUCAGCGCUGUCGUAUACAGUUGUGAUGUCUGUUCGUUUUCAAGCCCAAACAUGCAUUCAGUCCUGGUCCAUUAUCAAAGAAAACACCCGGAGGAAAAGGCAUCCUAUUUUCGAAUUCAGAAGACGAUGCGUGUGGUUUCUGUCCAGAAUCCUGCACUCAGCACUCCUAACAUUGAGAUGACCCCUACGUCAUUGGUAAACGACCCUCCAAUCACUCCUCAGCCAAUCGAAUAUGAACAGUUGUAUUACUGCAAGCAUUGCGUGUAUAGUAAUCGCUCAGUUGUUGGUGUCCUUGUCCAUUACCAGAAAAGGCAUCCAGAGGUUAAGGUAACGGCAAAGUAUAUCAAGCAUGCACCUCCAACUCCAGCCCUGAAGAAGACUAUGGAAGAGCUGCAGAUUACACCAGCAAGACCACUGAUGACAAAGCCGCCAAGCCAAGGCAACAAAAGCAGUUUUGAUUCAGGGGAGCUAGGUUCCAAGUUGGUAGAGAAGGGCGAGGGAGAGCUGAUGUUCUUCUGCCAGCACUGCAACUAUGGGAAUCGCACAGUUAAGGGGGUGGUCAUUCACUACCGGAAGAAGCACCGUGACAUCAAGGCGACGGCUGAGCUGGUCCGCCAGCACACGGCAGCAGUGAGAAGCCAGCGGGAACGGGCGACCAACAACCAGGCAGGUGUCAGUGUUCCAACGGUCAGCACGCAGCAAGAGACGGAUGGUGAGCAGCUUCGCUUCUUCAAGUGCCGGCACUGCUCCUACACCGCCCAUUACCUGUACGCCGUGAAGAAACACCUGAGGAAGCAGCAUCCAAGUGUGAAGGCUACUGUCACCACUAUUCUGCGGUGGGCAUUUCAGGAUGGGGUGGUGAGUGCUGGCUAUCACUGUGAAUGGUGUAUUUACUCACAUCAGGAACCCAGUGGGUUGUUAAUACACUACCAGAAGAGGCAUCCGGAACACCCUGUCGAUUACACUUACAUUUCCAGCAAACUUUGGGCUGGCCCGGAUCCUUCAGCCAACCCGUCUCAGAUUGCUCUCAUUGACCUCAAGCACUACAAAUGCAGAGACUGCGUAUUUGAAGCUGCCUCCAUCUGGGACAUUACAAACCACUAUCAGGCCUUGCAUCCCUGGGCUGUGAGUGGGGAUGAAUCCGUGCUGCUUGACAUUAUCCUGGGGAAAGACGCGUCAGAGCAAAACAACCCGACUGCACAUGAUUACUCUGCCCUGGAUUCCUCCAGCAUUCCUGAAUCCAAUCCUGUUGAGGAUGAGAUGCCCUCAAAAGGCUCCGUUUCUUCUUUGAUUAAUCCUCCCCCUAGUGCGCCUCCAAAUGCUGCUCCCACCACAUCUCCAUACCAAUGUAAGAUUUGUAAAUCUGAGUACAACAAUUUGCAUGGUCUUUUAACGCACUAUGGGAAAAAGCACCCGGGUGUAAAGGUGAAGGCAGCUGAGUUUGCCCUGGAAAAAGAUGAGAAGCCCAGCACUCUGUAUAAAUGCAGACAUUGUCCAUAUGUUAACACACGUAUCCAUGGCGUCCUGACACACUACCAGAAGCGACACCCUUCUAUAAAGGUCACUGCUGAUGACUUCAUGAAUGAGGCUGAGAGGCUCCCAGAUGGACAGAACAAUGAUUUGGAAGAGAUGACCAAAGUCCCAAAGCAAGGAUUUGGUGCCUACCGAUGUAAGCUGUGUUCGUACGCACAUGGCUCCUUGGAAAAACUUAAAGUUCACUAUGAGAAGUACCAUAGGCAGCCAGCCAUCGACAUGUUCACUGAUUCCGUGACUGAGGCGGUUGAGCCUGAGGAACCAAAUACCUCUGAAGAAUAUAAAGGUGAUUGUCAAAACGUAACUGUAGGGAGCGACUCUCCUCCAGGGAUUUCUCCUUUUUUAAGUGGCUGCUCAGAUCUAAGUACUUUAUUUAAAUGUCAACUGUGCAAAUAUUUCUGCUCCUCCAGAAAGGGCAUUGCCAGACACUACCGUAAUAAGCACAACAAUGUCCGAGCCCAACCAGAAGGCAAGAACAAUAUCUUCAGAUGUGCCUUGUGUGCGUACACUCACCCGCUCCGCAAAGGGCUGGCUGCUCACUACCAAAAACGCCACGAUAUUGAUUCAUACUACACUCAUUGCCUAGCUGCCUCUAAAACAAUGAUCAACAAGAAACCAGAAAAGCUCAUCCUUCCCAUCGAGUCCAAGCCAGAGUCUCCGCCCCUGAGUGAGGAGCUCAGGAGGGCAGUGGAGAAGAAAAAGUGUUCACUCUGCUCAUUUCAAACAUACACGAAAAAGGGUCUGGUGUCCCAUUACAUGAAGCGACACCCUGGAGUCUACCCACGCAAACAGUACGUGAGCAAAUAUAAUGGUUAUUUCACUGUUGUGUAUUCUGAUGAUAAGGAGGAGUGUGAUGUAAAGAAUGAGGUUCCUGCUAUUGAGGCUAUUGGAAUGACUAAUGGACGUGAGAGUGAAUGGCUCCCCUUCAAAUGUGUGAAGUGCUUCAAACUCUCUUUUAACACACCAGAGCUUCUUUGCAUGCAUUACACAGACCAUCACAGUCGGGACCUGAAACUGGACUUCACAUUACUUCCUGGCAGUACUCGCUCGCACAGUCCCACCUAUGAGUGCAACCACUGCUCCAAUAAGAUCCUCAGCACAUUUGAACUGAGUGUUCAUCUCACGGAGCACAAUGAAUGCUUCAGCAGACGAGCAAAGCUGCACCGUGAAAAGAUGAAGAUGCUUGGGCAAGAGCAACCUGAACGAAAUCCACCUGAAGGGGAAAAUCACCCUGAAGGUGACCUUCCCAAAGGUAACAAUUACCCUGAAGGAGAUCCAUUUAAAGGGAACGACCAUUCUGAAGAAGACACAUCCAAAGAGAAUGAUUUAUUUAAAGAGGAAGAUAACGCUAAGGAAAAUGUACUUAAAGAAGAUUUGCUGAAAGAGGAAGAUCUCCCAAAAGAAGAUCCACUUAAAGGGGAAAGCCACCCUGAAGAGGAUACUCAUCUUAAAGAGGACCAGCACCCAGAAGAGGAGGAAAAUGCUAAAGAGGAGACAUUAAAAGAGGAGAAACCAGAAUCUACAGAAGUAGACAAUGACAAGAAUCAGCUGAAUGCUGUCCAGACAACAAGCUCUGUGUCAUUAGUUAAAGAGCGGAAUGUGGUGGGGUACAGGUGCAGUUUCUGCUUCGAAGUCCAUCCGACACCCAGAGCUAUAUCGAACCACCUUCGCAAGCACGUUGCCUUUGGCGAAACAAUAGAUACUGCUCGGAGUGGUGAAGAGGAUAAAGAUGGAGAUAACAAUUCGAUAUCUUCAGCUGAAAAAUCAUUGGAGAUGUUACCAGAGCAGCAGAGCUUGGAGGGAGAGGAAGAUGCCCCUGGGGUGGAUGCUACCAUCGGAGGCUACCCCUGCACUCAGUGUGAUCGGAUUCUAAUGUCCCUGCAAGGCUUGCGUUCCCAUGAAAGGAGUCACACGGCUUCUGCACUGUUUAGUCGUGAAGGCAAACAUCACUGCCAGUACUGUCUGUUUGUCACUGCCUUCCGGCAGAACUUGGAACGCCACAUGCAGAACCAACACGGGCACCAAAAACCAUUCAGAUGCAAACUUUGCUCAUUUAAGACUGCCUUUAUUAGUGGCCUCAAGAGCCACAUACAGAGAGCUCAUGCUGUGGAGUGCACGUACAGCUGUUCCUACUGCUCCUUUUCCACACUGAUGGUAAAUCAGCUGAAACAACAUGCACUGAAAGUGCACGGCCACGUACUGACCGUGUCCAAACUCCACACUGACCUUCCAGCAGCCUUCACUUCUGCCGAAAGCCCAACACAGACUCAGUCCCAGGCUGAGGGAGUAGCAGAAUCAGAUGACCCCACCUUCUUAAAAUUUCCCUUCGUCAGAAACAAAGAUUCUUCAUACUCUGAGCCACCAGAUGUCCAACAACAGCUUAACCAUUACCAAACGGCUGCGAUGGCAAGAAACCGAUCCAGUCCCAUCCCGGUGCCAUCUCCAACCACUUCCUGUGAACAGACAACCAAGGGCUAUUUCAGUUGUGAGUUUUGCCAGUUUAAUUCUGAAUACAUCCAAAGUAUGAGGCGCCACUAUCGAGACAGACAUUGCGGCAAGAAACUCUACAAAUGCAAGGAUUGCCCAUUCUUCACGGGGUUCAGGUCUACAUUUUCUAUGCAUGUUGAGGGGAGCCACACCGCUCCUCCUGUUGAGGGUCCUAAGGACCUGCGUUGUCCUCUCUGUCUGUACCACACGAAAUACAAAAGCAGCAUGAUUGAUCAUAUCGUCCUUCACAGAGAGGAGAGAGUUGUGCCCAUUGAAGUCCGUCGUUCAAAGCUGUCCAGACACUUGCAAGGAAUUGUUUUUCGUUGUGAUAAGUGUACCUUCACCUGCUCCAGUGACGAAACUCUGCAACAGCAUAUGGAAAAACACAAGGAAAUGAAACCAUACAAGUGCCAACUGUGUUAUUAUGAGAGCAGAAUAAAUGAUGAUUUGGAGAACCACCUUCAGGAAGAGCACAAAGUGGUUCGCAACUUUGAAUUGGUAGGUCGUGUAAACUUGGACCAGUUGGAUUCUAAAGAUAAGGACUGGCUCAGUAGUGAAGAAGAGGCUAGAGAGGAGGAAAAGGGCAACAUCGUUGAACAAAGGGGGAUUGAAACAUGCCCAGGAAGUGGCACACGUAUUUACAAUGAGAAAAGAUUCCCAUGCGAAUUCUGCGGACGAACAUUUGCUCGUGGUUUUGAUUGGGAACGUCAUAUUCAACGACAUGAAAUGGCUCUAAGUGAGAGCAACCAUCAAAAAACUGAAAACAGUCUAGUAACAGAGAAUACCAGUGAAGAGAAUAACACUACACCUUCAGGAGUGACAGAGCUUUUAGACUCGGCUGACAAUUUACAGACAGAAGUCUCUUACCAGGACAUUCCAUCCUGUCCAAUUUCUAUAGCAUCAAUAAAGGAGAACUCCCAGGAUCUAGAUACUGAGACCAAAAACAAAAAGUCUGAGCUAUGUUAGUAUUUUGACGCAUUGUGCAAGUUCAUUCUUCCCUUCUAAUUUCCCCCUCCCCAACCCGUGUUCUCCACUCCUUAUCUAAAAUGGUUGUUCAUGUUGGCGCAAAGUUCCAUGGAUCCACACGACCUAUCGGUACCUCAUGGAAGUGUCUGCUCUUCCUGUGUGAGGCUGAGUGGUAAGUACUGGUCGACUAUCAGGUGAAAGCACAGUGCAGCCCAGUCCUGCCAUCUGCCAUGUCUCCACACACGGGCACUGGAGUGUGAUCGAGAUCGAGAAACUCUGCUAAUCGUUACCUCUUCCUUGUCUGAGACUAACUGUAGAACCUUCUGCUGCCUCCUAGGCGAAAUCAGUUAACUCAGAGGGGAAAAUAAGCUUUUUGAACACUUCAGGACAGUGUAGCUCUGGGUCAUAUACCAUGUGGUGUUCACCUACUGAGCCAUCUGUGGAGGGCUAUUCCCGUCUUCCCCCUCCGCUCUCUAAACAUCCUCGCUCUAGCUCUCACCCACCAAAUCCCCACACACCACCUCCUUCAACUCCCCAUUCUACCUUUGCUCCUUCACAUCCCCCCCAUCCCACCUCUCUGCUCUCCAGUCCUCCACAUCCCUCUGCUCUCCUUUCCUUCUGCCUUCUUCCUCCCUCCACUCUUCUCUCCUAACUUCUCAGCUUUUGUUUCUCAGGUUUUCCCUUGCCUACCUUCCUGUGCCAGCCCCUUCUCAUUCUCUUCCCCCUCCCGCCAUGGUUCCAGCCCCCACCUACUCCACUCUUCUCCCCUUCCUAUCCUGUUCUUUUCUUUUCCAAGUAAAUUGUGUAAAAGAAAAAAAUAAUAUUGGGCACUGCCUCAUUAAUAUAGUGAGUUGUGUUUUUUUUUGAAAAGAACUUAGUAUGGUCUUGUGGGAAUGUCAUUACUUCACUAGCAAUUGUGACAUUCAUUGAAGUAAUCUUUCAUAUUGCUCUUUUUUAAAAAAAAAUCAAAAUAUCAAACGUGUGCAUUGAGAACCAAAUAAACCCCCAAAUUUUGACUUUGAUACAGCAAUCAAUCCAUUGAUGCAUAUCCACUGGGUCCUGGAAAUUGAUCAAUCAAGCAUCUGUGAUUCAGUGAGUUUUAUGUUAUAAUAGGACAUUCUUUGCAGCUGCUGUAUUGUAGCCUACAACUGGUCAAGUACAAGAUUCUUGUUUGAUUCAUGUCCAAAGCACCAUUCUUAACUGAUUAUUUUGAUUCUCCAUUGAUCGUACCGUGCAAGCUGUAACUGCUCAAACUCUUGUCCAGCCACGCACCCAGUUAGAGAUAAUAAACUGUACCUCACGAGUUAAAGGGACACUUGCGAAAUGGAAACAUCACUUGUGUUGUUUUCUCUUCCUGUUUGGCUUACGAUGAUAAGAGGAGAAUUAUAAGUGUCUCUUCAAACUGGUGUUAACAUGGAGUGAUGGAGACAUUUCCAAAUCAUGAAUGAAGGACCAGGUUGGAUGCAGUUGCUAUAAUUUGGCAGAUACUGAGCCCAGGUCACUCAAAGCACCAACAUAUAUUUAAGUUUUGCUUAACACAAAAUUAAACAAACCUUACCAUACUAAGAGUACAUUGUUUUCUUGCACUAAUGCAUCUGGUUAAAUUUUUUUUAUCGGUUAUCGAUUAUUUAAAAAAAACUUGUUUGUAUAGCAGAAAUGGUCCUAACGAUUACUGUUAAUGUAGGAAAAGUUGGUGCAAAAAGUGAUAUGAUUUGCAGUACCUCAGCAUUAAUCUUUACUGAAUGUUCAUUCUGUACCAGUAAUAUCUGUUCAUAAACUGUGUAGAUUUCCUUUUCUUUUUCCUGACACAUCUGUAUGGAGAUGUGUGUUACAAUGUUGUAGUGAGACUACUUUACGUGAAUAAGAAUUCCAUAGGUUAGAUUUUGUUUGCCAAGUUUACAGUUUAUUCUACUCCUGUUUUAUAUAAAACACUUUAAUUAAAUCACUAUAUGGGUUAUGAAAGCUCAUUGCUCAUUAAAUGAUCUUUUCAGUUUAGCACACUUGUUUAGAGCUCAGUUUGGAUCCAGGUGUUUGCAUUUUCAAAUGAAAUAUUAUUGUGAUCACGGUAUAUUUGAAAUGAUGCUUUCAGAGAACAGCAGCAAAUACCCUGUUCCUUGAAGCAAUUCAUUAAACAUCACCUAUUUUCAUGUUGAAAACAGGGGGCAAAAUGGGAGCAGUUUCUGUGAAAAAGACAGGGAUAUUGCAGAUUACCAUGUAUAUUGUGUUCUUUCUGUUGUCUACAUUGUAGUUUAGGAAACUUUUAAAUAUUUUUGUUAUCUAAGAUACUUUCGAAGUUGACUGUUUAGGAUGUACAUUGGAAGCCUGUUGUAAUUUUAAAACAACUGUAAGGGUUGAGGAAAUGAACUCUUGUAAACAUUACCAAAAUUGAUUGGCCUUCCUCUGUAUUUUGAUAGUGCAGCUUCUCAGCGAUGCUGCUUUAGUUUCUAGAAUGAUCUGUAAAUACUGUACUUCCUGGUAUUUUGUUUUGCUGACUUGAUAAAUAAAAAGUGAUGACUCCUUUUUAAUUUUG